AGCUGGAGGCCGUAGCCAAACAACCGCCUGCAAAGUUCAAGCGAACAUCCAAGUUCAAGUUCCUCGUUUGGGAUCGUCAAAGCUUGAGGGAGCACGAUGGAUCCUUUAGCUGGUAUGGACGAUUCGUCCACUGACGAUGAUGCUGCAUCACAAACGACCGAGGACGACCCUCAGGUUCCCGAAAGACAAGCACCUCCACCUCCUCCACCGCCCCAGCCUGCUCCUCCACCUCCAGCUACGAAUGCGAGGGACGUGCCACAUUAUCAACUGCAGCAUACUAUGCAGGGACAUACGUCUUCUAUAUCUGCUGUCAAAUUUAGCCCAGAUGGCACACUUUUAGCUUCUUGUGCAAACGACAAGGUGGUGAAAAUCUGGUCACCAUUCACCGGGGAGCUCAUCCGAAAUCUCAAUGGACAUACCAAAGGACUUUCUGAUAUUGCAUGGUCUUCAGACAGCGUAUACCUAGCUUCAGCGUCUGAUGAUCAUACCGUCCGAAUAUGGGACGUUGAAUCUGGCUUGACCACGAGAGUGCUGAAAGGGCACUCUAGUUAUGUAUUCUGUGUGAACUAUAAUAUGGCCUCAAACCUGCUGGUCUCUGGUGGGUGCGACGGCGACGUACGAAUAUGGAACCCUCAAAAAGGGAAAUGCAUGAAAACUAUUCAUGCUCAUUUAGACUAUGUAACUGCUGUCCAUUUCAAUCGAGACGCCACUCUUAUCGUCUCCUGUGCCCUGGACGGCCUAAUUCGAAUAUGGAACACAACUUCUGGACAGUGUCUGAAGACGUUGGCUGAAGGUCAUGAUGCUAUCUGUCAACACGUUCAGUUCUCCCCUAACUCCAAGUAUAUCCUAUCAACCGCACAUGAUAGCGCAAUCCGGCUGUGGGACUACCAAACUUCACGAUGUCUGAAGACCUACACAGGUCACACGAACCAAAAGUAUUGUAUUGCUGCAUGCUUUAGCGUCACUGGGGGCAAAUGGAUCGUCUCUGGAAGCGAAGACAACAAGGUAUACCUUUGGAACCUACAAACGAGACAGAUCGUUCAAACUCUAGAAGGCCAUACUGAUGUUGUAGUCGCCGUUGCUGUAAGUGAUGAUACAGUCUACCUCCUACCGAGAGCAUAUUUUGAAACACUUCUGCAGACCCACCCACACCAAAACAUGAUCGCCUCUGCUUCCAUGGAGUCUGACCUCUCAGUUCGAGUAUGGGUGGACCGAGGUCCUCCACCUUUAUGAUGAUUCUUUGCUGUACUCUUUGUAUCCUUAUCUCUCUUGUACUAGUUGUAACAUAAUUAUUGGAUUCGCCUGGAAUAGAAGUUCACCCUCAUGAAGCUAAGAGAAACGUAAUCCAGAGUGCGUCUUUAUAGAUA